CAGCCCUCAGCCUGCCAAGGAAUCAGCAGUGCUAUCUCAGCUGGGAGUCCAGCCCUCCAGCCUGCCAAGGAAUCCAGUGCUAUCCCAGCUGGGGAGUCCAGCCCUCAGCCUGCCAAGGAAUCCAGCAGCAUCUCAGCUGGGGAGUCCAGCCCUCAGCCUGCCAAGGAAUCCAGCAGUAUCUCAGCUGGGGAGUCCAGCCCUCAGCCUGCCAAGGAAUCCAGUGCUAUCUCAGCUGGGGAGUCCAGCCCUCAGCCUGCCAAGGAAUCCAGCAGCAUCUCAGCUGGGGAGUCCAGCCCUCAGCCUGCCAAGGAAUCCAGCAGUAUCUCAGCUGGGGAGUCUAGCCCUCAGCCUGCCAAGGAAUCCAGUGCUAUCCCAGCUGGGGAGUCCAGCCCUCAGCCUGCCAAGGAAUCCAGCAGCAUCUCAGCUGGGGAGUCCAGCCCUCAGCCUGCCAAGGAAUCCAGCAGCAUCUCAGCUGGGGAGUCCAGCCCUCAGCCUGCCAGCAGCGUCCCAGCUGGGGAGUCCAGCCCUCAGCCUGCCAAGGAAUCCAGCGCUAUCCCAGCUGGGGGGUCCAGCCCUCAGCCUGCCAAGGAAUCCAGCAGUAUCUCAACUGGGGAAUCUAGCCCUCAGCCUGCUGAAGUAUUGAGCUCCCACCCUACUGAGAAGUCACUUGCCCAGCCCACCACACCAGAGUUGUCUCCUCAACCUCGGAAGGCAAUCUGACAGAAUCCAGUGUUCUCUUUGUCAAGGUGUCCUUUACCUGCCUGCUUUAACCAAGAUGUGCUUAUGCACUGAAGUCUACUGAUAAUCUACUAAAUGUGACUUUUCACAUCUUGUCAAUAAAACCAGGUUUUUUUUUUCUGGCAAA